AUUGGUACACUUCAAGUCAAGUUUUUGUAAUCAAUAUUCUGCCCCGGAAGAUGGCGCACUAAUUCCGCGCCGUCGUCCACGCUUUGUGAUGGUAGUUGUUGCGCUGCGGCUCAAUUCAGCUUGACUUUACUGUUUACGAAAUACAGAAGUUGUGAAUUGUUCAGACUUGUGAUGGCUGAUGCAAAACCUAAGGAUGUUAAGCCUGACGGCGAUCAACAUAUAAACCUAAAGGUGUCAGGACAAGAUGGCUCGGUAAUUCAAUUCAAGAUUAAACGUCGCACGCCAAUGAAAAAACUGAUUACUGCAUAUUGUGAUCGGCAAGGAGUUCAAAUAGAAGCCAUGCGGUUUCGUUUUGACGGGACGGCUAUUUCGCUCGAGGACACCCCAGAAAAGCUUGAAAUGGAGGACGAUGAUACAAUAGAUGUUUUCACUCAGCAAACUGGUGGAAACCUGUAAAUAUUUUCCAAGCAGCUUGUCUGGAAUGUUCAUACUGAGAGUAUGAUGAUUAUCUUACCUUUAUAGACCAUCAAAUGAUGGUGGUUCCCACCGAGACUGAGAUUUAAUGGUAAUUUACUGACAAACUGCUCAAAAAUGCCAUGGACAAAUGGAAUACUCUCUUGUCCAGUUGUCUGUUUUGUGAUCUAUCAAAUGGCUAUUUUGGUAUUCAGAUGAGACUAUGAUAUAUUAGACUAUGAUAGACCGCAUACACAUAAUAUUUCGAUAUGUUGGCUAAUUAUUGUAUUCUAUUGUUAGAUACAGUAGAUACCGGUAUGACAUUACAACCAAAUACCCAGGCACUAGUAAUGUUGAAUAUGAGUUAAACAUAAUAUAACAUAUUAUUUGGCUGACACUGGAUAAGGCUUUGAAAAAUAAUCAUUAUGAACAACUGGAAAGCAGAGUAAUGUAAAGUUGUUAUAAUUCUAUGUUUACAGUAAUUGCUAAAUUGUUCUGUUCAACCAUAUUUUUACAAAACUGAUAAUAGUAUUCCCAUUUAUUUUGAUAUUUGUUUUCAAUUUAGACCUUUUUAAAAUUGCUGAAUUGUGGUAUCAAGUUUUCCUUUCUAGGCUAUGUUAGUAUGUAAAGUUUCUUUUAAGUAGUCCUGUUACAAUAUCAUAGAAAUAUGGUGUUUUGGUUGAGUUCUUAUUAUCAAGUGACACACAUUAUUAUUAGCAAAUAAACCUUGAAAUCCUGAAAUCAGUCGAUUCAACAACUGCUAUUAUUUGGUAAUGAAAUAUUCCUUGUGCUGAAGAAUAAAACUGCAUUGAUUCGAAGAUGUUUCAUUUUGUCAUUUAUUCUAUUUCCAUUUUCUGUUCAUUGUUUAUAAAAUAAUGUAUGUCUGUCUUAUUUUAG